AUGACAAAAAGCCAGAACUUAACCCAUUCUCAAUCCUGGAAAGGAAUGGUGAACAAUGAGAAAACAAGGAUAAACGGUGAGGGGCACCGGCAACGAGGCAGGCGUGGACCUCAAGCUGAGCUAGUACCGACUGAGGAGGGUGAGACGGAGAGGAAACUGAGGAGAGAGAAAGAGUAG